AUGUUAACCAACUACACCUAUUUUAGAAUGCCAACCUAAGAAAAUAGGUAGCCUUACAUUCUAACCACGAAAAACAACAAUAAUAGGUCUGUACCAUUGCCUCCAACUCCUCGGAGAGAAUAUUCGUAAAUCUCUAGCAGGUUUCAAAAAAUCAAAUUUUUGGGCAAAGGCAAAUACAGUGAUGUUUAUAUGGCAGUUGAUAGGGUAACCAAUUGUAUUUUUGCGAUCAAAAUAAUAAAGAAGUCAAUCAUUAAUUAAUUUAAUCUCUCGAAAUUGUUAACUUAGGAGAUCAAAAUAUUAUCAUAAUUGAGUCACCCGAACAUAAUGAAAUUUUAUGGAGUGAUUAGUGAUGAUAAGGAAGUGGCCAUUAUUUUGGAAUGUUGUGAGUCUUCAUUAUACAAACUUUAUGAUAAAUUAGAUUAAAUAAACGAAGAGUAGAAAUUAUAAAUAAUUUUUGAAAUACUUUAAGCAUUUUCGUAUUUGCACGAUAAAAGUAUUCUUCAUAGAGAUGUGAAACCUGAAAACAUCAUGAUGAUCUAGAAUCACAUAAAAGUGGGAGACUUCGGUUUGGCAAUUAAGUUGAAAACGAAAGAGAAGAUGAAAGCCAUUUGUGGAACUCCUCAAUACAUGGCACCAGAAGUGUUUAAAGGACUAGAAUACGAUAUCAAAGCGGAUUGUUAUAGUUUAGGUGUGAUAAUAGAGGAAUUGAAGUGUAAAAGUAGUGAGAUCAGAAACAUGGUUCACAUUUUUAAAUAAAAUGAUUACAAUCUAAGGGGAAAUGUCAAGGAUUUUUUGUAAUUAAAAAUAUUUUCGAAAGUGAAAUAACUUCUUUCAUAAACUAUAUUUAAAUGA